AUGACCAAUCGACGACUAUCUCUAUCUUCUAGCUCAUCGUCGAGCUCAUAUGUCUCUGAAACGCCGAUAGGCUACACUGAACGCCUCACGCAAGCGUGCUCUGAUCUAGAUGGCCUGCCGGAUGUUCUGCACCCAGCUUCGCGUCCGUCGUCCCCAAGAGCCGACAUACUCAUACAGCGCAUCGGCGACGCGAUAACUGACGCGAUUAAUGACGCCGUGGCUGACCCAACACACCCCAAGUGGGGACAUGUCGCUCGCGUGGUUAAGCUGGGUUGCACAAGCCGCGGCUACAAGGGCGCCGAGCCUGGCGUUGUAGUGGGAGACAUGACCAAAUUGGUUGUACGUGAUGUCCCCCUCACACUGCCUGAGACGGAAGAAGAGUGGUGGGAGUAUGAGAAGAAGUGGGGGCAUAAGUUCCGACCAACCGGACUCGUGUCGAAAUACUGGAGUGAUUCGCUAGAACCAAGCAGGCCUCAGCAAGUUCAAGAACACACCAAGAAGCUUCAGACUGUCCAGGCAAAGGUGGCGGCAUGGCAAGGGCUCGUCACUCCUAUCGACGGAGGCGCAGUUCAAGAUGUGCAGUCGCAGAAUAUCACGGAGACGGUGAACGGUAAAUCCAUGACUGGCAAUACGACAUCACCGCCGCAGACAAAUCUGCCUAUGUUGACACACGUCUCCGCCAAUACAAAUGUGGUUCAGGCAGGAUCUCAAUCUGCUGAUGGCACAGCAAAGGAGAAAAGCAAGACGAAACCACUAGAAGACAACGUGUCACAAGGGUCCCUCGGAUUUUCGGUUGUAAAGCGCACUGUCGCAAAGUCCGGUAAGCCUGAAAAGAGUGGUGGUCCUCAACUGCGCCAGCGUAAGAGUGCGGUGCAACGCAACCCCACUCCUCCUAAUGCGCCUAUCGCAUCGAUCUCAGUCGACAAGGAUCCGGUACCUACAACCAGUCCUAACGACCAAGUUCACGAAGGAGGCAUAGCAGCCAUCUCUGAGAUGGUAAGAGAAUCGGCGUCAAUAAUACUACGAGCGCUACAAGCCUCCGCCUAUAAAGCCGCAAAUGUGUUCGUCACCGCUCUCUUCGCCGCCGCCGACGCAGCAGUUUGCGCAGAUCUCAGCUCCAGUGCGCCGCCGCCGCCUUCGACUCCGCCCCCAGCACCUUCAUCGCCUGCCAACGCCUCCCUCGGCCCGUCAUUCCCAUUUCGAGUCUCAAACACCGUAGGACUGGCCAACGCGAACGUACCGCCGGUCCCCACAACUCCAAACAAGCCGGGCCCUUUGCCCGAGUUGAAAGAUCUACUCGCCUCGUCCAGGCGUACAAAGCCGCGUCCACGGCCUGUCUCGCGCAAGGCGAAGGCCUCAAAUCACCCACAGGAUAAGGGUAAAAGGCCGGAGACGAUCCCACAGCGACAAGUCCUGCCGGAUCUCGACGAAGAUCGCGUGCCAGGGUCAGAGCCAGAGCGCGCAAAGACGUACUUCUCCUCACCCGCAUCCGGCUCAUCCGACUCGCCGCAGUCUCUCCGCUUCCGGCCUCGCUCCCCCGUCUCGCCCAUGUUCUCGCAGAACCCGGCCGCAUUCGCCCCGGGGUUCGUGUCCUCUCAGCGGCCCGGCUCGCACGGGAGUGGCGGCGGGUCCGUUGCUGUUGGCGGCUAUGGGCAGAUGCAGGGUAGCGGCAGUCGUCCGCUGGACCGCGGGAGCAGCGGGUUCUUCGCCAUGGGGUACAGCUCUCAGUUCGACGUCGAGGGCCGCGUGGGGCGCGUAGAUGAGAUCCUUGGGCAGGAUGUGGAUUUCGAUGGCUGGCUGCGCGAUGCGCGGGAGGUGGAAGACGAGGAGAUGGCGCAGAGUCAAGGUCCAACUAUUGGAUCGGGAAUCGAGACUGAUCGACAUGAUCUAUUGUCAUCAGUUUGGUUACUGGCACAUCCCAAGGGCUCGGUGGAGCGCUGCUCGAAAGAUUCUGGCUUCCACGGAACAUUGCAGGCCGGGAAUACUUCCACCGCUUGCGAAUUAGUAUCCCUCGUCGCUCCUGGUACGGAAGUGCAUUUUGGGUGGCUUGACGCCGUCGUCAACAAUGCAGGGUAUGCGUUGGAAGGAGAAAACGCAGUGACACCCGAGACGAAGCACGGAAAGACAUGGAGCAAUUUGAAGCUCGCCUACUAUUGUGCUGGGAAAUCCGCUGCAUCCACAGAGGUCUUCGUCACGGAAAUGUUCUCACAGUGGAAUGUUCGAGUUGUCGUCGUCGAGCCCGGUGGUCUGCGCACAGAAUGGAAGGACUCCAUCGAGCAGCUUCCUGCGUUUAUCGGGAACACUGCCAAAGCGGCGAAGGCGCUGUUGAAGAUUGCUGACAUGCCAGAUCCGCCUCUGCGGAUACAGCUCGGGACGGAGUGCCUGCUUGCGGUGAGGAGUAAGGCAAGGAGGACAGUCCGAGAUGGAGAGAACCGCGAGGAGCUGGCCCAUCCGACGUUGACAAGAGCAUGUUAUAUUUAUGAGACCAGAAUAUAUGGUCGUAUAGUGGCGGAGCGCUGUGCAAUGAUUGCGCUGAUAACAGCAUUCUCGUCUUCUCUUACGCGUGACUGUGGUGGAGGCAGACUGCUGGAUGGACAUUAUACGUGGACAUGUGGCGUGGUGCACUUACCUAGGCCGGUCAGUCGCAUCGCAGCAGGAGCACCGGUCAUAAGCUCUUCCAAAGCCCCAGUCCAGAGUGCCGUCCUCCAUGGUGAGGCGGCACUCCACCCUUCCAACACAUUCUACAAUGCGCUUAAAGCAACUGCUCGCGCCAUCGUCGCCAAUGUGGCGCGUGUCUAUAAGCCCUUCCCGCCGGUCAACACCGGGACCCCGCUUCAGGUCAACACCAUCUCCCUCGUCGCGUCUCAUGGGCAAUGUGGCGUUGGUCCAGUGAUACUCCCUUUGUUUGGCCCUGCGAUCGCCUGCGCCCUUGGCCUUCGUCUCUCAGUGGCGCGGCGGUCUCCGCCCAGCAUCGCCAGUCUCUGGUCGACCUCGCUCUACUCCUACGUCACUUCUUCCUCUCCAUCCAGCAACGCCGCACAAGAUACUCCGUCGAUCGUGUUCAACAUCCGAACACGCACCGCACGCCCCGACGGCGGCUUCGUCCUCGUGGUGCGCGUCAAUCGUUUCUGCAAGCUGGAGCAAUCAGAGUCCUGCUCUACCGCAGUCGCCUCGGAUGAGGGCACUGGUAAGGCGGAGCUCUUCAAGCGUUUCCUCGACGACAUUUCGCCGCCUCUGGGAGUCGACUUCCAUAACGAAUCCAUCGAGGUGAAACUUAGCUUCGGCGAGGAUAAAGUCGAGGAAGUUGGCUCAGCCACAAAUGACGAACAUCUCCCAGACAAUCUUGACCAUCCCACACUCCCCGAGUCUGAGACUCCUGCCGAUCCCGCGAGUCUAGUCGACGCCGAGAUCGAACCCGAGGUCGUCCUCUUUAGUGGCACAGCGACGUAUAGAGUCCUUUCUCGCAUCGCCCAAGGUGGCGGCGGACGCGUGGUCGCCGCCGAAACUGACGACGGCUACUACGUCGCCAUCAAGGUCAUCCACAAAUGGCAGCAAUAUCGACUCUCCACAGGUCGCCAGAUGCUACUCACCGAGAAAGCCAUCAUGGCAAAGGCUGCGACACUUGGACACAAGUUCCUCACGUCCUUACUUGAGUCUUGGGAGGAUGAAGAGAACGUGUACUUCGCCAUGGAGUGGCGCCCCAGCGACCUGCGCUCGCACUUGAAGGACAAGAUUCUGAAUCUUGACGAAGCUAAGCUGCGCAGCGCAGAAAUGGUAUUCGCUCUCGACGAGCUACACAAGAUGAACGUUAUGCAUCGCGAUCUCAAACCUGAAAACUUCUUGGUCGACCGCACCGGCCACAUAUACCUCUCAGACUUCGGCCUGUGCUACGUGCCCAAGAAGGGGCAUUCCUUGCGGAAGUGCACCGCCUUCGACGUCGUCGGCACGCCAGGAUACUUCGCGCCGGAAGCCCUCAGCCCAUACGUGCGCAUCGAAGGCUACAAAUCGAGCGCCGAUGUGUACAGCCUUGGGCUCGUGUUGCUGGAGGUCAUGACUGACAUGCCCCAGCCAUACUUCAACGCCAAGGAUAUGCAGGAAAACGUCUUGCUGAUGGCGAGAGAUAGACAAGAAUGGAGAAGGCUCGUCAAAGAUGCGGAUGCCUAUGACCUCUUGGACCGAAUGUUGAGGCUGCGUGCCACGGAGAGACCAACCACACAGCAGAUAAAGGAGCAUCCGUACUUUAAGGAAAUCGACUGGGACGUACUGGCAAGGCGUGGAUACCUACACGUGGACACUCCCCCCUCGAAGUCGUUGUCGCGAUCGGACGUCGAUCUGACGUUCUCGACGUUCCACAGAGGGAAGGAUUCCAAAUACGCCGAGCUAGAGCGCACCGACGCCGGGAGGAUCCUCCCCAACACAAUCAUGAUGGAUCAGCUGCUUGCGGGAGAGAAGGACGACUUCCGGUUCACCCGCGCCAAAGAGCAUAUCGCCCGACACACUUCAACGUUUUGA